AUGUCCUCUUAUCAGCUUUCAUAUACCAUGCUCAAUGAAAGAAGUCUGGCUAUCAUCUGCCUUGCAGCUAGAAUUGGCAAGAAGACCGAGGCUGGAAGCAAGGAGUACUUUCCCGGUGCCUCCCACUCUCGUGUAUUCGAGUUCUUCUAUUCGAAGUUUGUUCGAUCUCAAGAUUCUGUCUGGCGCCAGAUCCCGCGCCAGAUGCGCCAGGACCUCCUCGAAGAGUACUAUCCCGACGUAGACAAUGUCCAUUCCUACCUCAGCGAGCGGGGUUUCAAGUCAAUUCUCAAGAAACUGUGCUCUCACUGGUUUGAGGAUAUCGAGAAGCACAUGCCAGAUGUUCUGUUCUUGAUGCCAGAGCAAUCCAAAGUGGCACCGACCAAGAAUGACUCAAAGAACAACAAGCCCGCCUCUUCUCACCCUCUGGAGGCGCCGGCCAAGCAUUCGACCAAGAAUCCAUCCCCGCCCAAGGAUGCCGAGCCAAAGUCUCUCCUCUCUACCAAGAGAAAACGCGAAGGGGCUGGGGAACACGAGGAUAAACCUCGUGUUGCAAAGAGAACGAGGCUGAUGACUCCCAAGAGCACCAGCGGCUCGGAAAGUCCUAGCCCCAGCCCCAGCUUGCAACGACAGCAGCAACUACAGCGCGAGGAGCGUUGGCUGUCGGAGAGAGAGGUCGCACGUAUUGGGCGCCGGCCUCAAGGCAAGAAGUGGAAGUCGCAGAUUACCCCACUGCAUGUAUAG